AUAACUCCAUUCUUUUCCCCCCAAAUUCCAUUCUACCCGAUAACUCUCUCCAAAUCCCUAGCCUUCAUUCAUUCGCUCCUCUUCACGCACGCGGUGGCCAUGGCAGCCGACCCUCCGACGAGCAGACACCUACGCCUCGGCCACCCUAUAUGGGUGUCCAUUCUACUCCGGCCGGGACCUACAACGUAUGGGGAAUAUCACGAAGGCAGCCCCAAAAUAUCAACGAGACCCACGUUAUUUUCCUCAUCGCUCGGGAAUUCAAAAACGAAUGACCACCACAUGCGGUGGCCAUUCGACCCCAAAUCAACUCCGCCCCCCUCAACUUCUCUCCGACAACCUUGUUAUUCCGACGAGAACCGACAUCGAGUGGUGCCAUCAUUUGGAGGAGAGGGCGACCUUGUUUUCUGUCGUGGAGUAUGGCACGGGAUGGCAGCAGCAGCUGCUAGCAGGGCGUGUUGGUGUGCAGGCAGCAGGGUAUGGGCAUAGGCCGGGGCUGGACUAGGUCGGGUCUGGAUCCGGGUUUGGUGUUGGGUCGGAUCCCAGUUGGGUUGCAGAGUGGGUCUCGGUUGUGUGAAAUUAGCCCUGAAAAAUAAUGUAAAUAUGUAAUAAUAAUAAUAAUAAUAAUCUUAAUAUUUUUUUUGGAUCCGGACAAAAAUAGU